AUGAAUCAAGAAGAAGCGCUUAGUGCUCAAAGACAUGUACUUUCAUCAGCAGCAUCUUCUGCCGAUGAUAUUGCUUCUAACAGAUCAGCAAGCUCGCCAUUAGAUCAAAAACCAAAUAUUUGGCAGAUUAAUGGGCAAUCAAUCAUCAACCAAUUGUCUCCCACCGCAGGUGAUCAGGCCAAUGUUGUAGAACCUGCUCAAGCAAGUUCAUCAGCCACCGAUUUGUCAGCUGAUGCUGAGGGUGUUUGGUCUCCUGACAUUGAUCAGGCAUUUCAAGAAGCUUUACAAAUUUAUCCACCAUGCGGCCGAAGAAAAAUUAUACUUAGCGAUGAAGGAAAAAUGUAUGUUAAGGAUAUACAGAAACAGAUAGAUGAACGCAUCGAAUGGAUAUGGCAGUAA